AUGGAAGAGAACCUGAAGAGCCAGGCAUCUGAAGUAAGGGAAGCUCUGAGUAGCAGGAUCAGCAAGAUACUUGGGAAUUCAUCUGAAAUGGGUGUCCUGAAAGAUGGGCAAGUGGUAACUAAGCUGUUGCAUAAAGCUAGAAUGAGAAUAUCAGUGCACCUCCAGAUUUGCUUGGCAACACUGGAUGACACUACAUUUACUGAUACAUCAAUUUCAGAAUAUGAAAUUGAUUGGGCCACACUAACUAUUGCCCAUGCAAUGGUCAAUCCCACUUAUGAGAUUCUCUUCUUGACACCCUGCCGCCCAUUUUGGAUCAAAAAAAAAGUUGAUCCUCUGGUAACGUCGGAGUCUUACAACUCAAAGAAGGUCCAAAAAUGGCUAGGUGCCUUAACAACUUCAGAACUUCUAUGGAACUCCAUUACUGCAGCAGUGGCACCAGACCUUUUUGAAUCAGGCUCCUCUGCAUUUUCCAAGGUUGUCAAGGAAGUUUGGAGGCGAAAAAAUAAUUCGGCUCUGGUGGAUUCUUGA